CCAAUGGAUGGUGCCGUUGAGCGGGGUUGGGAUUAGCGGCGGGGCGAAUGGCUGGCACUUUUACUGGGAUUACAGAACAAAGAGCUGCUCUCCCUUCCCAGCCCGGGGGGGGGGGUGUUUGGUGGGGGUUUGGGGUGGGUUUUUUUUGUUUUGGUUUUUUUUUUUUUUUUUUAAACACCCCCUCCCUUCCUCCCCUUUCCCUUCUCUUCUUUCCUUUAAGCCCCCCCACCGGGUAGUACCGGCUCCGCCCGGGGAGGAGGGAAGCGGCGGGAGGCGGCGGUGAGGAGGCGGCUCCAUCCCGGCCCCCGCCCGCCCGCCCCCGCCGCUCCCGCGCAGCCUCGCCGGGGGAGGCAGGAGCGCCGCGCCCGAGACGCCCGCGGUGAAUAUGGCCCUGGCAGGGAAGCCUUUAGAUGUGACUCUCAGCACCUCCAGAGCUGACCAGUGGAAUAUGGUUUUUCCCCAGAAAGACGAAAUCAUCACCAGCUUAGUGUCUGCCUUAGACUCCAUGUGCUCGGCGCUCUCCAAGCUGAACGCGGAGGUGGCCUGCAUCGCCGUCCACGAGGAGAGCGCCUUCGUGGUGGGCACCGAGAAGGGACGGGUCUUCCUUAGCGCCCGCAAGGAGCUGCAAGCCGACUUCCAGAAGUUUUGCAGAGUCCAGCAGAGGAAGGAGCAGGAUGCAGAGGCGCAGAAGAAGGCAAAGGAGUGCGGGCGAAGCGUGCUCAGGGUCUCCCCGGACCAGGGAUCAGACGUGUACCUCCUCAGGAAGAUGGUAGAGGAAGUGUUUGAUGUGCUUUAUAGUGAAGCCGUGGGGAAGAGCAGCGUGGUCCCUUUGCCAUACGAGAGGUUCCUGAAAGAGCCGGGCUCGUUGGCAGUUGCCGGCUUGCCCGAGGGGAUCAGCUUCAAGAAACCCAUGGAAUACGAUGUGAAGUCCCUGAUGGCCAUCUUAGAACACAGCCACAGCAUCCGCUUCAGGCUAAAAAGGCCGGCGGACGAGCCCAGCCGAGAGCCAAACCCCAGCAUUGAGUUGACUUGUACCUCCCUCGCCCCCAAGGGCGGCCGCGACUCUGGUGCCAACGGCCUCAUGGCCAAACCCGCCGGCCAGGACACCCCCUCCGCCGUCGCCGUCACCAACUUCUUAUACGGUGUCUCACUGCCGACCCAGAUCGCCGUCGACCUAAAGCAAGAGGUGUCCUCCGGCCUGCCCGGGCCGAACGCGGGCGGCGAGGCGCUGCUGCCCAGGCCUGCGGGAGAGCUGAAGGUGCCUUCCUCACAGGAGUACAGCGACUGCUGUGGACAGAAAUCGUCGGUCUCUGGAGGUCCCCUCAUCCAGAACGUGCACUCGUCCAAGCGCAUCCUCUUCUCCAUCGUCCAUGACAAGACAGAUAAGUGGGACAGUUUUAUAAAAGAAACUGAAGAUAUCAACACCCUUAGGGAGUGCGUGCAAAUUCUGUUUAACAGCAGAUAUGCCGAAGCCUUGGGGUUAGACCACAUGGUCCCCGUCCCGUACCGGAAGAUUGCCUGCGACCCCGAGGCGGUGGAAAUCAUCGGCAUCCCGGACAAAAUACCCUUCAAAAGACCUUGCACUUACGGCGUCCCCAAACUCAAGCGGAUACUGGAGGAGAGGCACAACAUCCAUUUUGUCAUCAAAAGGAUGUUUGACGAGAGAAUUUUUACAGGAAGCAAAUUUACCAAAGAUCCAACCAAGCUGGAGCCCUCCAGCCCCCCCGGGGAGAUCUCCCCCGAGCCGCACCGCGGGGCCGUGCUGGACCUGGUGGGGACCUCGCAGGCCAACAGCAGGUCCGAGAAGUGUAGCGUUUCUGAAAGCUGUGAACCAGGUACCUCAGGCGAACUGGGUGGGAUCAGGCAGAUCAAAAUUGAGCCGGACGAGCUGGACAUCAUCCAGAUCACCGUGCCAGACCGAUCGCCCGGUUCGGAUGAGAUGCACGACCCGGUGUCCACACACAUGGCCUCAGAGGAGUCGAACUACAUCCUAGAAACGGUAGCAGCAGGGACAGAGAAGGUGUCCAGCGAGGAGUCGCGACGCGAGGAAAAGCAAAUGGAGGGAUCAGAUGGUAUAGGGGAUGUUUUAAGUCAUUUGAGGAAACAAGUUGAAAUUUUGUUCAACACGAGAUACGCGAAAGCCAUAGGAAUAUCGGAGCCGGUCAAAGUUCCCUACUCCAAGUUCCUGAUGUACCCCGAGGACCUGUUCGUUGUGGGCUUGCCGGAGGGCAUCCUGCUGCGGCGCCCCAACUGCUUCGGGAUUGCGAAGCUAAAGAAGAUCCUGCAAGCGAGCAACAACAUCCAGUUUGUCAUUAAAAGACCGGAGCUGCUGGCGGAGGGCGCAAAGGAGCCUGCGUCGGACAGCCCGGCAGCCAAAGCCGCCGGCGAAAGGGACUCGAGCGAGGCACUGCUGGAGGACGCUGUGAAGAGACAGGGCUUUCAAGAAAAUUAUGAUGCCAGGCUUUCCAGAAUAGACAUCGCUAACACGCUACGGGAACAAGUCCAGGACCUGUUCAAUAAGAAAUACGGUGAGGCCUUGGGGAUUAAAUACCCCGUGCAAGUGCCAUACAAGCGGAUCAAGAGCAAUCCGGGGUCGGUGAUUAUAGAGGGGCUGCCCCCCGGGAUCCCCUUCAGGAAACCGUGCACCUUCGGCUCACAGAACCUGGAGAGGAUAUUGGCCGUCGCCGAUAAAAUCAAGUUCACCGUGACGAGGCCUUUUCAAGGACUCAUCCCCAAACCCGCCCCUAGACGGAUAACAUCAUUGGAAAAAGCCUACGCUGCCUUGAAUGAUGAGGAUGAUGCCAACAGGCUCGGAGAGAAGGUGAUUCUCCGAGAGCAAGUCAAAGAGCUUUUCAAUGAAAAAUACGGAGAGGCUCUGGGCUUGAACCGGCCUGUCAUGGUGCCCUAUAAACUCAUCAGGGACAGUCCUGACGCCGUGGAGGUUACUGGGCUGCCGGAUGAUAUCCCUUUCAGGAACCCCAAUACCUACGACAUCCAUCGGCUGGAGAAGAUCCUGAAGGCACGGGAGAACAUCCGGAUGGUGAUUAUAAACCAGCUCCAGCCGUUUGCCGAAAUCUGCACCGAGGCCAAACAAACAGAGAAAGACACCAGCGUUCCCAAAAGGAAGCGGAAGAGGAUUUCCGAAGGGAACUCGGUAUCUUCCUCUUCCUCAUCUUCCUCUUCCUCCUCUUCCAAUAUGGAGUCUACAUCAUCAACAAAUCAGAUCUCACUUGUGCAAUGGCCCAUGAACAUGUACAUGUUAGACUAUGGUGGUCUAAACGUCCAGAUCCCAGGACCUAUUAACUAUUAGACCUCAAUACCGAAUAAGAACCUCAAAUGAAAGAAUAAAUAAAUAAAUGUAAUUUAUGUAAAAAGUGUAUAUUCCAAUAUGUAUCAAUGCCUUUUAGUUUUUCCAAUGAUUUUUACACUAUAUUCCUGCCAUCAAGGCCUUUUUAAAUAAAAAUAAGAAGUGUUG